AUGUCCAAGCCUUCCGAAUCGCCAGUGGUUGUGCUUCCAACUUACCGUUUGGACUCCAAUUUGGUGCUUCUUCCUGGUAUCAUCUAUAAUGUGACUUUUUCUCGAUUCAAGGCAGCGGCGUUGUUGUCUAGGUUCCGUCACUACGUCGGAGAAGUGUCUAUGAUCCGAAGCUUGAUCAGCGAGUAUGAUUUCGAUAACGACCAAGACACUCAUGUUCCGGUUAUUUCUGAAAAGGCUGCCGAGGGUAUCAGUGAGUUUCAUCAAGCUCAGGCCAACGCUUCCAGUACCGAAGUUGCCGCCCCAGAAACCGGCUUUGACUGGUUGGUGUUGGCUAUAACACCAAAUACUCAGAAAAUCACGAAUCCUCCUUCCUCCACUGCCUAUGAUCCACCGGUUUCUCCACCUAAUUGCGAAGUAGUCACUAUAGUGAGAGUUGUGGGGAUCACCGACGACUCAAACAAUAUUAAGUUGACACUUCAAGCCUUAACAAGAGGCCUCAAGAAGUAUGAGAAGGAGAAAAGUCACCCCAAUGAGGCAAAAGUCAAGGUUGAUUUGAACGCUAACCAUGGCCUUGCUUCUAGCAACUUUCCCUCUUUGAACAAGAAAGCAGCAAGUUUGUUCGAUGUCAUUGAUAAGUUUCUCUCUGACUAUCAACAAGCACUCAAAUCGAGUAACAUGAAAAUUCUGAAGGCCAACGAUGGAAAGAACUCGGGCAACAUUUUAUGCUUAAAUCCAUUGGCAAAUGCGUUGUAUCUUCAGCUUAAUGGUUCGAGAGAGGUAACAAAAGCAUACAUCAGUUUGAAAAAGCUAUUUUCCACCUAUACUUCGGGGAACAAAAUCGACUCCCGUUCCUUCCUCCGCUUGGUUGAUUUAUCAUGUGCAAUCGUACCGUUCCCCAAUCACCAGAAGCUCAACUUGUUGAACAAAUUCAAAGCAGAAGAUAGGGUGAAAGAAGUUAACAAAAUGAUGGAUGACUUAAUUGACGUCUUUAAAAAUUUGGAAGCAAACAACAACUACGUUAACCAUUGGUUUUUCGAUGAGGCAUCCUAUAUCCAGAAAGCGAAUGUGGUUGCAAGUCAGCUCAAGUCUAUCAGGCUAAUCUUGGAAGGGAUGUCAAGUUCGAAAAACGAUAAGAACACUCAAGUGAAGGCCAACAAUCAACUUGUUCGCCGCAAGAAUAACACCAAAUCUGUUGGUAGUGCUGUGGGUCCAAAAGAAACCGGGGACGCGGAUGAAGAGGAUGAUGAUGACGAUGACGAUGAUUUGCGCGCAAUCACUAGUUUCAUCAAGAGCAAGAUGCCAAGUAUACAAGGAAUGUCUAAUGACACAAAACGCUUGUUGACUAAAGAUUUCAAGCGUAUCAAGUCAUCACCACCUGGAAAUUCAGACUUUCACGUUAUCAGAAACUACUUGGAAAUUGUUGCUGAUAUUCCUUGGGAUAAGUAUAUCACCAAAUUCAAGUCGAAUCAAGACAUUGAUAUUGACUUCGCAAGAAAGCAGUUAGAUGAAGACCACUACGGUUUGGAACAUGUCAAGAGACGAUUAAUUCAGUAUUUGGUGGUUUUGAAGUUAUUGGGUAUUACAUCCGAGGCUGAAUCCGAGAAGAUUGCCAACGAAAAGAAAAACGCCCUUGGUAGUGGAGGAUCCAAGGAUGAUGAUCUGAACAACAGUGAUCGCAAAUCUGAUUCGAUUGUGAUUGACAACAGCGACUUAACUUACAAAGCCCGCCAGGAAGCAAAGGACAAGAAUAAAAAAUCUAGGAGCCUCACAUCAAUUGAACUGUCUGCCCAAAAAGACCUUAUGGUCUCUAAGAAGAACAAAUCACCCAUUAUGAUGUUGGCGGGACCACCUGGUACGGGUAAAACCUCUUUGGCAAAGUCAAUUGCAAACUCUCUUGGUAGAAGCUUUCAGAGAGUAUCGUUGGGUGGUAUUAAAGAUGAAUCUGAGAUUAGGGGCCAUAGAAGAACCUAUGUUGGUGCUAUGCCUGGUGUUAUCAUUCAGUCAUUGCGGAAAGCAAGAUGCAUGAAUCCGGUGAUUUUGCUCGAUGAAAUUGACAAGGUGAUCGGUGGAAACAGCAAUGCCAACAAAUUCAACGGUGAUCCUUCGGCAGCAUUAUUGGAAGUAUUAGAUCCGGAGCAAAAUAAUUCUUUCAUGGAUCAUUACUUGGGAUUUCCCGUUGAUCUUUCACAAGUCAUUUUCAUCUGUACUGCCAACGAGCCAUAUAACUUAUCAAAGCCUUUACUUGAUAGGCUCGAAAUGAUCGAGGUUAGUGCUUAUGACUACAAUGAGAAACAAAUAAUUGGUGAGAAAUACUUGUUACCUAGACAGAUAAAGAGAAAUGGGUUCCCUCUGUUGGAUCUUGUCUAUAUUGACAAGUCGGUAAUGAAGAAGAUCAUUUUGGACUACACAAGAGAGGCUGGGGUGCGUAAUUUCGAGAGAAAACUCGGCACCAUCUGCAGAUACAAAGCUGUUGAGUAUGCCUCAAGCUUGGAUAGUUCUGAAACUUAUGAUCCUACUGUUGAGGAGCAUGAUUUGCCAAAGUAUUUGGGUGUACCAUUCCCCAAGUUAUCGUCGGAAAUAUCCGAGCCUGUCACUCUGGCUGCAAAGUAUGGUGUCGUUAAUGGUCUUUCGUACAACUCGGAUGGUUCAGGCUCUGUGUUGAUCUUCGAAAGCAUCGGUAUAAUCAGUGGAGACAAGGAUUCUAAUGAGUCAAGAACUUCACUUCACAUGACAGGAAGGCUCGGUGAAGUUUUGAUGGAAAGUGCUAAGAUUGGACUUACAUUCAUAAAAUCAAUGCUUCACGGGCACUUGUUGAAUGUGAAUAACAGCGAUGCGGAAAUAUUAAAGAGAAUGAAUCAGCUUGAAAUUCACAUGCAUGUACCACUGGGAUCAAUUCUGAAAGAUGGACCUUCAGCCGGUAUUACCAUGGCCCUUCUGUUUUUAUCAUUAAUUUUAGAGAAGCCGGUACCCUCGAAUAUUGCCAUGACAGGUGAGAUCACAUUGAGAGGACUCGUACUUCCAAUUGGUGGAGUUAAAGAGAAAAUACUUGGUGCGCACUUGGCUGGCGUAGACAAGGUGAUUGUGCCUCGAGAGAAUAGGAAAGACCUCAUAGAGGAGUACUGUCGUCAAAUUAAUGAUGAUACGCAACUCAACGGGUUGUUGAAGGACAAUGAAAGACGCUACAACUACACUAGGAAUGAUCCUGAACAGUACAUCAAGCAGAAGUACAACAUGGAAGUAUGUUAUGCUCGUGAGUUCUGGGAUGUGGUCAAACACGUUUGGGGCGAUGAGCUUUUGAUGAAAAUUGAUCAAUCUAAACUACUUGAAUACCAUUUAUAG